UCUCUUCUCUGCGAGAUGAGCAGGGAGUGAGCAGGAAUGGAGGAAGAUCAGCUGCAAACCGCUCCAGUUAGCAGUGUAAAGGCCUGCGUGCAGCUAGACCGAGCCAGCGAACAAAAGGAGGAAAAUUAAUGGAGGAUAGUUAGCCCCGGCUGCUAAAGCUUAGUUUGUGGCUAAACAAAUGGCUCCUGAUAGCAGAAAUAAUGGACGAUUCCCAUUUCAACUCAUCAUACUUUUGGUCUCCCGUCCCCACUGUACAAGGACAGAUCGAGAACGCCAUGUUCCUGAACAAGGCAAAGGAGCAGAUGGGUCAAGAGAAGAACAAUGCGCCCCCUUUUCCUCACUCGUCUGCGUCUUCCACCUCAUCUCCUCACUAUCCCACAGCCGUGCUCGCCAUCCCGAGCUCGGUGGAUGGAGGGCCUGGGGUGCGGGUGGUGCCCAAACAGGAAGGAGGUGGCGGUGGAAACACUAAUGUAUCUUUGAGUGCGGUCGGGGGACAUCUCCACCCUUCACACACCUCCCAGAAUGUCACUGUUGUGCCUGUUCCCUCCACGGGUAUCAUGACUGCCGCGGGUCUGGUGAUCACCACCCCCCAGGGUACUCUGGUCCCUACGGCCUCGACGCAGUCGUUUGUUACCGGACACCACACUGCCACCACCAUGAUAGUGUCUGCACUUCACCCAUCAAAUGCAGAUAAGAAAGAGGAUGUUGGCCCUGCAGUUGUCAUGCCGACGCCCUCAAAGCGAGGCCGGAAGAGCAAGCAGGUGAUGAGCCGGAUGGGUGGGGUCCUCCCUCCAGGGAGCGAUGCAUUGAUAUUGGCCCACCUUGCUGCUGGUGGACAGCACCACACUGCUGACCCAUAUGAUCUGUCAAAUGAUGAGGAUGAUCACACCAGCAAAGAUGGCCCUAAAUCCUACAGGUGUCGAAUGUGUGCAGUUACGUUCUUCAGCAAGUCAGACAUGCAGAUCCACGCCAAGUCCCACACCGAGGCCAAGCCCCACAAGUGUCCCCACUGCUCCAAGUCGUUUGCCAACUCCAGCUACCUGUCCCAGCACAUCCGCAUCCACAGCGGGGCCAAGCCCUACACCUGCACCUACUGCCAGAAGACGUUCAGGCAGCUCAGUCACCUACAGCAGCACACACGAAACCAUACUGAGGCCAAGCCCCACAAGUGUCCCCACUGCUCCAAGUCGUUUGCCAACUCCAGCUACCUGUCCCAGCACAUCCGCAUCCACACCGGGGCCAAGCCCUACAGCUGCAGCUACUGCCAGAAAACAUUCAGGCAGCUCAGUCACCUACAGCAGCACACACGAAUUCAUACCGGUGAUCGCCCUUACAAGUGUAAUCAUCCUGGUUGUGAGAAAGCUUUUACUCAGUUGUCGAACCUGCAGUCUCACCGUCGGCAGCACAACAAAGACAAGCCGUUCAAGUGCCACAACUGUAACCGUGGUUACACGGACGCUGCCAGCCUGGAGGUGCAUCUGUCCACACACACCGUCAAACAUGCCAAGCUGUUCUCCUGUGGCCUCUGUAACAGAUCCUACACAUCGGAAACCUACCUGAUGAAACACAUGAGGAAGCACAACCCCGACCCCUUGACUGUGGCGGCUACGGUGGCUGCUCAGCAGGCCCAGGGCCUGACGCCGGGCGGGGGAGGCCGGGGUCGGGGCCGCGGCCGGGGGAGAGGAGGCGGCCGGGGAGCCCAGCUCCAGAGCCAGACUAACCCUAACAACAGCAACCAGAACCCGACUGCUGGACCUCCGGGCAGCUACCAGCCAACCCAGCAACCCACAGAAUCUGUGGUCCCAUGCCCCUUUGAUUUGCACCAGUACAAGACAGUGGCAGCCAGUGAAAUCCAGUACAAACCGGUCACGGUGGCGGACCUUCCCGUGACCCAUAAAGACCUCUGCCUGACUGUCUCCACAUCAGCCAUACAGGUGGAGCACAUGAACUCAUAGGCUGCAUAUUCCUACUCUGCUAAUGGGAUUAAUAAUUGUGUCUGCAGUGUAAAAAGGUCCAUCUGAACAAGUAACAUAACUGUAUUCAUCAUUACAGUCUUCUUAAUGUUGAAGUUUUUACUUCUGUCACGAAGCAGAUGAAAAUAAUUGGUGGAAUUAGUAAAUAUUCAUUUUUAAGUGACUGGUAUACAGUCAAAAGGCAAAAUUCAAAAUAAUUCAACCAGUUUAGAAGCUCUAAUGUUGAGUACAGCAAUCAAUUACUUGUUAAAACACAGAUAUUUUAUGAAAGUCCACCUGCUAUGUUCCUCUGAGCAGAACUUCUGGUCUAGGAUGUCGACCGGUCAACAGUUUGGACACAAACGAACGCGUGGAUGCGUCCAGGCCUGGCUGGUACUUUCUGUAGCUUAUUCUUCAGCCUGGAGGCACAUUCCUCUAACUUAGAAAAAAACAUUCAAAUGUUAUUUUUUUCCUCCUUUAAUGAUCUUUUAAUCAUAGAUCAUGAUUAAAAUAAAAUCUGUACUAUUCACAGGUAAUCAACUAUUAAUUAGUCAUAUGUUUGCCAUAUGUGAUAGUUGUGUAAAAUACUUAAACCAGCAGUCCUGCUCGGAGGGACCUUUGGUGGACGAAGGUGUAAAAUAUCUGUAAAAUGAAACAAAAAAAGUACACUAGUCUUCACAUUUAUGGUGCAUAGAAUAGUAUAAUUUUGAGGGCAUCUAGAUCACAUUUAUCUUGACAUUCUUCAAUAUUUAGUUCAAACCUAAACGAGGGGGAGAGAAAGAAGAAAAGGAGAGACUCACAACAGCAACUAAAACGCAAGUGCAUUUGAUUACUGUAAAACCCGAGGACGAACAGAGAAAAAACGUGUCUUUGGUGUUUGAUUGGCAUCGAAGCCAGAGGAAAAACUGCAAAUGAAGAAGAGCAGGAGGAAGAAACGUGGUGGUGCGUUGGGACUACGGUUAAACUUUGCAUUUAAGUCUCAAAGGCAAGAAUCAUAAUCUGACUCCCUCGUCUUCCUCUCAGACAAUGGGGAAUCAUUUCUUUCUCGGAGUCCAAAGUACCGAGGAAUAAAAAAAAAGAGACUGAGUGGUGCAAGAAUGUACUCAAUGUGAGGAAUCUGCAGCGCAGUGAGAUGGAAACACUUGUCUAGAAAAGGAGCUGAGGGGUCAGAAACAAAGCACUUGUUGAAGCUGAUACCAUACGCCUGUUUGUCAUCGUUCGUCUUUUUUUUCUUUUAUAAAUAUAUAUAUAUAUAUGUGUAUAUAUAUAUAUUUCAUGUUUGUAUUUUUCUACCAACAGAGAAACGUGUGACCGUACACAGAAAACAAAGCGAGUGCAUGAAUGUGACAGAAACCGAAAGACGAGUCCAGAAAAAGAAAGACUAAGUCCAGCGUCUCGUCCCAUUUGUGUUGUUAUUCAAAGAGAUUUAGUUUAUAAUCUUCCAACGAGUGAAGGCAGCCCAACCCGGCAUCGUCUGGGGGGCUAAUUAUGAGAGAAACAUGGCUGAUAGGUACUGUUAUCAAUUUCUUUUUUUCUUUUUUUAAAGAACUUUUCAUACAUAUUGUUACUCCUUUCAUUAUAACUGUAUUGCUAGUGUUAUCUACAUUAUAUCCAGUCUGAGGCAUUAUGGUAUUGCAUUAUGCUGUACAUAAAAUAGAUAGGUAGAACUUUUUCAUCAUCUGUAAAAGGGAAGUACGUGUUGUGUACAGAAUAUAUGAAAACUGAAGAACUUCAAUUAACAUUUACCAAAUCACUGGCUGCGUCCCAGGUCACGUUGAGUGUUCGUGAGGUGGAAGUGCCAAGUUCAGCAAGGCCUGCAAAUACUUGGUCAUUGCUCAAAUAAUUGAUUAAAUCAAUAUAGGUUGUUUUGGCGCAAUCAUGCUCGCCAUUUGCAAGUGUAUUUUUAAGUUUAUUUUGUUAUUAUUAUUAAAUUAUCUGUAACCAGCGCAGGUGUUUGGUGGGCUCUUCCCUUAGGGAACCAUGGUAACAGGACAGCCCAAUAUUUAUUCUGGUUUUCAUUUGUAGAAAGUCUGACGGUGAUCACACAUGACACCGUACCAGUGACUGAACGGUUGAACGGACUGACCUGGGACGCUGCUCCAGCCGUCUUUACCCAAUCAAAAUGUUCGCGUCGGUCUGUGCAACAGGCCGAUGGCGCUCAUGUGUACUCCACCUUGUAUUUCCUUGUGUUUUUAUGAAAAAUAACGUACCACUGCUCCUGAUCAGACAGUUAUUAAUUGUUCUCUUAUGCUACACUCUUGCAUACUGUAUGCAGUUAAACUUCUUCCUCAUCUGAACAGACUGUUUCUUCCCCUAUGGAGAAUAAAGUUUAAAAACAAUGACAAA